CACGCCGCGAGCGCCGGGGAGGGCUGGGCGGUGGGGACGACGGACGGCGACGAUGGCCGCGGCGGCGGGCGGCGGAGGGCUGGGGACGACGACCGGCACCGCGGGCGCAGGAGGCGCGGCGGCGGCCACGGGCCUGGCCGUUUAUCGGCGGAAGGACGGAGGCCCGGCGAGCAAGUUUUGGGAGAGCCCGGAGACGGUGUCCCAGCUGGAUUCGGUGCGGGUCUGGCUGGGCAAGCACUACAAGAAGUAUGUUCACACGGAUGCUCCUACCAAUAAAACACUGGCUGGGCUGGUGGUACAGCUUCUUCAGUUCCAGGAAGAUGCCUUUGGGAAGCAUGUCACCAACCCGGCCUUCACCAAGCUCCCGGCAAAAUGUUUCAUGGAUUUCAAAGCUGGAGGCACCUUGUGUCACAUUCUUGGGGCUGCUUACAAAUACAAAAAUGAACAGGGAUGGCGGAGGUUUGAUCUGCAGAAUCCAUCCCGAAUGGAUCGUAAUGUUGAAAUGUUUAUGAACAUUGAAAAAACAUUGGUUCAGAGCAAUUGUCUGGCCAGACCCAACAUCUACCUCAUUCCAGACAUUGAUCUGAAGUUGACUAACAAAUUGAAAGAUAUAAUCAAACGACAUCAGGGAACAUUUACUGAUGAGAAGUCAAAAGCUUCCCACCACGUUUAUCCAUAUCCUUCCUCACAAGAGGAUGAAGAGUGGUUGAGACCUGUGAUGAGAAAAGACAAGCAGGUGUUAGUGCACUGGGGGUUUUACCCUGACAGCUAUGAUACUUGGGUCCAUAGUAAUGAUGUUGAUGCAGAAAUUGAAGAUCCACCGAUUCCAGAAAAACCAUGGAAGGUUCAUGCAAAAUGGAUUUUGGACACUGAUGUUUUCAAUGAAUGGAUGAAUGAGGAGGAUUAUGAGGUGGAUGAGAACAGGAAGCCCGUGAGUUUUCGUCAGCGAAUUUCAACAAAGAAUGAAGAGCCAGUCAGAAGUCCAGAGAGAAGAGAUAGAAAAGCAUCAGCUAAUGCUCGAAAGAGGAAACAUUCACCUUCCCCUCCGCCCCCCACACCCACAGAAUCCCGGAAGAAGAGUGGGAAGAAAGGCCAAGCUAGUCUUUAUGGGAAGCGGAGAAGUCAGAAAGAGGAAGAUGAGCAAGAAGAUCUUACCAAGGACAUGGAAGACCCAACACCUGUACCCAACAUAGAGGAAGUGGUUCUUCCAAAAAAUGUAAACCCAAAGAAAGAUAGUGAAAAUACACCUGUUAAAGGAGGAACUGUGGCAGAUCUAGAUGAGCAGGAUGAAGAAACAGUCACGACAGGAGGAAAGGAAGAUGAAGAUCCUGGCAAAGGUGAUCAGAGUAGAUCCCUUGACCCUGGUGAAGAUAAUGUGACUGAGCAGACCAAUCACAUUAUUAUUCCUAGCUAUGCAUCGUGGUUUGAUUAUAACUGUAUUCAUGUGAUUGAACGGCGUGCUCUUCCUGAGUUUUUCAAUGGAAAAAACAAAUCCAAGACCCCAGAGAUAUACUUGGCAUAUCGAAAUUUCAUGAUUGACACAUACCGCCUAAAUCCCCAAGAAUAUUUAACCAGCACUGCUUGUCGGAGGAACUUAACUGGAGAUGUGUGUGCUGUGAUGAGGGUUCAUGCCUUUUUAGAACAGUGGGGGCUUGUUAAUUACCAAGUGGAUCCAGAAAGUCGACCCAUGGCAAUGGGGCCUCCUCCAACUCCUCAUUUCAAUGUGUUAGCUGAUACCCCCUCGGGGCUUGUUCCUCUACAUCUUCGAUCACCUCAGAUUCCUGCUGCUCAGCAGAUGUUAAAUUUUCCUGAGAAGAACAAGGAAAAACCAAUUGAUUUGCAGAACUUUGGUCUUCGUACUGACAUCUACUCCAAGAAAACCUUAGCAAAGAGUAAAGGUGCUAGUGCUGGAAGAGAAUGGACUGAACAGGAGACUCUGCUACUCUUGGAGGCUCUGGAGAUGUAUAAGGAUGAUUGGAACAAAGUGUCAGAGCACGUUGGAAGUCGCACUCAGGAUGAAUGCAUCCUUCACUUCUUGAGGCUUCCCAUUGAGGACCCAUACCUUGAGAAUUCUGAUGCUUCACUGGGGCCCCUGGCCUACCAGCCUGUCCCCUUCAGUCAGUCAGGAAACCCAGUCAUGAGCACGGUUGCUUUUUUGGCAUCUGUGGUGGAUCCUCGUGUGGCGUCUGCUGCAGCCAAAGCAGCUUUGGAGGAGUUUUCUCGGGUCCGGGAGGAGGUGCCCCUGGAAUUGGUGGAGGCUCAUGUCAAGAAAGUUCAAGAAGCAGCCCGAGCCUCCGGAAAGGUGGAUCCCACCUAUGGCCUGGAGAGCAGCUGCAUUGCAGGCACAGGGCCAGAUGAGCCAGAGAAGCUGGAAGGAGCUGAAGAGGAAAAAAUGGAAACAGAUACUGAUGCUCAGCAGCCUGAAAAGGCAGAAAACAAAGGGGAAAAUGAAACGGAUGAAGGUGAUAAAGCACAAGACGGAGAAAAUGAAAAAAACAGUGAAAAGGAACAGGAUAGUGAAGUUAGUGAGGAUACCAAAUCAGAAGAAAAGGAGGCUGAAGAGAACAAGGAACUCACUGAUUCUUGUAAAGAAAGAGAAAGUGAUGUUGGGAAGAAGAAAGUAGAACAUGAAAUUUCUGAAGGAAACGUAGCCACGGCCGCAGCAGCUGCUCUUGCCUCAGCUGCAACGAAAGCCAAGCACCUGGCUGCCGUGGAAGAGAGGAAGAUCAAGUCUCUGGUAGCUCUUCUGGUUGAGACACAAAUGAAGAAACUGGAGAUUAAACUUCGACAUUUUGAAGAACUAGAAACUAUCAUGGACAGAGAGAAAGAAGCUUUAGAACAACAGAGGCAGCAGUUGCUUACAGAGCGCCAGAACUUCCACAUGGAGCAGCUGAAAUACGCUGAGUUGCGAGCCCGACAGCAAAUGGAACAGCAGCAGCAUGGGCCGAACCCUCAACAGGCACACCAGCACUCAGGAGGACCCGGCCUGGCGCCGCUGGGAGCAGCAGGACAUCCCGGCAUGAUGCCUCAUCAGCAGCCCCCUCCCUACCCUCUGAUGCACCACCAGAUGCCACCGCCUCAUCCACCCCAGCCAGGUCAGAUACCAGGCCCAGGUUCCAUGAUGCCUGGGCAGCCCAUGCCAGGCCGCAUGAUGCCUACCGUUGCAGCCAGCAUCCACCCCACUGGGAGUGGCCCCACCCCUCCUGGUAUGCCUCCAAUCCCAGGAAACAUCUUAGGACCCCGGGUACCCCUCACGGCACCUAACGGCAUGUGUCUGGAGGGAUUCUUGGAAGGAGCGGGCCUUGAAGGAGAGUGGGGCGGACUCAGACACCUCCCUAUCCCUGAGCCGGCGAGUCAGGGGAGCCACACGAGCGGUGACGUGGAGGUUCAGGUGCGCCCCAUGUAGCCCGCAGCGGCAGCCGUGCCUCACAGGCCGUAAAGAAACUUCCUUUAUCCCCCUCCGCCACAGCAGCAGCCACCACCUCCAGCACCUGCGGACGGAGGCCCUCCGCCUCCCGCUCCUGGCCCACCAGCCUCAGCUGCGCCCUAGCCCGAAAGACACAGGGGACGUCUGCGCCCAGCACCCCCAGCUGGAGUGGGGAUGACAAGACUUGUGUUCCUCCGCUUCCUUGGGUUUCUUUCAGGAGUUUUCUUCUCACAGCCCCAAGCACGCACCCUGAAUUGUCCCCAUUCCUCUUGCCACCCCCCUCCGUACUCUGACACCUGCUGUGUUAGGUCCUCCUCCAGCACUCAAUGGGGAAGCCUGUGGUGCCAUUGUGCCCUGGUCACCCUGAACUACCUGGCGUCUCCCUGACCUGCGGUGGGGUAUGCUGACGUAUCUGCAGGUCCUGUCAACAGUAGUACUCUAUGUCUGUAUCAGUUUUUGCUCUCCUGCAAUUUUGUUCUGUUUUUGCUUUGUCUUACGCUUGUAUGGAUGCUUUAUAAUCAUUAUCACUUUUCUUUUUUUUUUUUUCUUUUGGUCAUUAUUGCUUUAAAGGAGAGCAUCCUAAGUUAAUAGGAACCAAAAAAUAGUGAUGGGCAGAGGGGAUAGCCAGAGGGGACAAACCUUAAGGCAUUGUAAGUGACCUUAUUUCUGCUUAUCUGAGCUAAGAAUGGUGCUGAUGGUGAAGUUUCAUGAGACUUUUGCCACACAUGGACGCACCAAAAUUAAAAGAGAUGGGGAAAAGGGACCCCCCCUGCCGAUGUUAUCCUUAGUGAGGACCGUGAGAGCCUCCAGCCUGCCUGGCAGAACACCCCCUUUCAUCCCUGGUAGGGGAGAGCACAAGCUUUAGAAGAGAUCCACUCCUUGCCCGGGCCCACUGGUUCUGGUUUUCUAUGCAGACGGUUUGUUUGAUUGCUGGGGGAGGGGGUGGGCAUUUUGUUUUUCCCAAAAGUGUAAGCAGUGUAAGCUUUGAGGGCUGCGAUUUGGGAGGCAUUCCUGAGUCCCCUAGACUAACCAGGAAAGUCUUGGGGGUCUUGGGCAAUGGUCAUCCAGUGAAUCUAGCCCACUGUUCACUGCUUUGUGUGCAUUCUUUUUUCUCCCUCUUUACAAGAAAGAAAAAACUUAAAAAAAAAAAAAGUAGAUAGUGCUGAGUUUAGCUCAUGGACUUGGUUAGGUUGGCUGGGGUUACAGGUCCCCAAACUACCUCUUGCAGUAGUCAGGGUGAGUGGGAUUUAGUGAAGCGGUACUUUAGAUUAGGGGUGGGAUUGGAGAAGUGGGGCAAGACCAACAGCCUCUCAUACCUUCUCCCUUCCCCGUCUGAGAUCUCACAUUCCAUCUAUCACAUGGUUGGUUGUCAAGGAGAUGCUGUGGGUACCAGGGAACUCACUUGGCAAUCAAAGCAUCAUGGUUUGAGGGUGGGGUGCUUGGGCUGGGAGAGUGGAGUGCCAUUCCAGAGGAAGAGCCACAAAAAUGCCUUAAUAUGAGCCCAUUUCUACCCCUGCUGAUGAGUGACUUGAGAGUUCUUGGUUUUCUCUUCUUGUCUUUCUUCCCUCUCCUCUAUCCUUCCAUGGGUGGGGAAACGGUGUUUUGGGUCGAGCUUGGUUUCCGAAGCACCUGGCCCCUUCACAUUCUCAAGUGGCAGUUUCCUUUAGAAUGCAAAGUGGAACAUCUUUUGGAUAUCUUUUCUAUAUAUUCUAUAAAGCUUUACAUGUGUAAGGGUGUGGGAAGGUGUUUAUAAAACACCUUAGAACCUUUUUCCUUAAUAUCAGAAAGCAAAAAAAAAAAAAAAAAUCAAACCACAAUUAAGAUUUGCCUUUCAAACCCUCAGGUGUUACCUCUAAGCAGGUGGCCCUGGUCACCAUCAGAGUACUGGAACCAAGGAGACCUUGUUCCUUUAGUGAGUUUAUUCCAGGCGCUUGGAGUGAAAAUGAGCUUGCUCCUACUGGAGUUUAAUUCCAUUGCUUUUGACUCCAGAAAGAUCCCAGUGCCUUUCGACAAUGGCCAGGGUUUUCUGUAUUUUCCCGCCAGUCUUUCCCAAAGGAAACUCAUUCCAAAUACCUUUUCCACGGAGGUCUUUAAAGGAAAAUGGAAUUCUGGUUCAUACUGUGGUCUCUUGCAACCUCAGGUCUUUAAUGUGAUCACUUUCAAAUUUAAAAGAUCCAGGUGGAAAUAUUUUAACUAUGCUGGUAAUAAUUCUACAGAAUACCUGAAUUCUUAACACUGUUGUGUUUCAGUAUAAGUGGUGACUUUUUCUUUUUAUGUCUUUGAUCUGGUUUUGUUCCUGUAAUACAGCCACCCGAUUUUGUGAGGGGGGGAAUAAUAUGUGGUUUUUGUACAAAAAUGUUUCUCAGUGUGUUAUUUCGGAAAAGUGAAGGGAGGGAGUUGGGGAGACUGGAAGAAAUUGAUCAAGAAGGCCUAAUCUCCCUCUUUUUCAGUGAAUAAAUGGAACAUCAUUUCUGGA